CUCUCAUCAGUCCCAGACCAAUUCUGAGAAGAAUAAUGGCCCUAUCACUCUCCAGAAGGCAGGCCCUACGGCUCUCAUCUCAAUUGAGAUGUUUCAGCUCCACAACGCCUAAAAACGCAGCUGAGGUGAAGCGGCUCGGCGUCAUCGGCGCGGGGCAGAUGGGACUGGGGAUAGCUCUCGUAGCUGCGCAGAGGGCCCAGAUACCAGUCACUCUGGUUGAUGCGUCCCAAAAGUCUCUCGACAAGGGGCUGGCGUUUGCCGAGAAGCUUCUUGCCAAGGACGUAUCCAAAUCCAGGCUCACGCAGGAGGAGGCCGAUGCGGCGCGGUCCCGACUGACGCCGACAAUCUCGAUGGACGAGCUGUCAGGGGUCGACUUCGUGAUCGAAGCGGUGCCCGAGAUCCCGAGCCUCAAGUUCGACAUCUUCUCGCGGCUGGCUGCCAUCUGCCCCAAGCACGCCAUCCUCGCCACCAACACGUCGUCCAUCUCCAUCACCAGGAUAGCGGCCGCCACGACGACGGACCCCAGGGACACCAGCGCCAGCUCCCGCGUCGUGUCGACGCACUUCAUGAACCCCGUGCCCGUGCAGAAGGGCGUCGAGAUUGUCAGCGGCCUCCAGACGAGCGCCGAGACGCUCGAGACGGCCGUCGCCUUCUGCCGGGCCCUGGGCAAGGUGCCAUCCGUGUCGGCCGACACGCCGGGCUUCCUGGCCAACCGGAUCCUGAUGCCGUACAUCAACGAGGCCAUCGUGUGCCUCGAGACGGGCGUCGGCGACCGCGACUCCAUCGACGCCAUCAUGCGCAACGGCACCAACGUGCCCAUGGGCCCGCUGCAGCUCGCCGACUUCAUCGGCCUCGACACCUGCCUCGCCAUCAUGAAGGUCCUCCACGAGGAGACGGGCGACUCAAAGUACAGGCCCAGCAUCCUGCUGCGGGGGAUGGUCGACGCCGGCUGGCUGGGCAAGAAGAGCGGGAAGGGCUUCUACGACUACUAAGUUGUUGUCGAUUGUGCCAUUUGUGUUAAAUAUUCCGAUAGGACAGGGCAAUUUGUCGCCUUGUUUACGAUGCACCCGGUUGAAAGUAAAUGAUGGUGAAGGGCGAUUGGGAAAAAUGAUUUGGGUAGGGCUCUCAAUUUACGUUGGAACCCUCGCUAGACAGCUUAAUAUCUAGAGUCCAUAUUGUUUGAAGCCCGAUCAAUUUGGCAUGUGAAUGAAUAGACAAGGCAGAAAGUUCUUUAACGCAGAAAACGUC